AUGGACGACGAAACGGCAGAAAUCGAGCUGCUGGAGCAAAAUCUCAAUAAAACGAGACAAAUAUCGCAAAGAAUGACAACAAUUCUCAACAGUUUUGAUACCCGACUGGCCAAGCUAGAGAAGUCGAUAUUGCCGCUGUACACAUCUACGCAGAUUCUCAAUCGACGUGCAAGCAACAUCGAGAAGGCGUUACUCAAGAUCGACGAGCUGGCGAGCAAUCAGGAGGGCGUUGCGGUCGAGGAGGCGCUGAUUCUCCGUGGACCACAGCCGAACCAGCUCGACGCAUAUAGAGAUGCAUUGGAGCGUCUCAAUGCAGCGAUUGCCUUCAAAGGAUCUGAGGGCGACUCACUGGAGACGGCUCGGUUGGUCGAAACUGGAGCAAAGAAACUGACGCAACUGUACACUAAACUGGUCGCGGAAGGCUCGUCGGGUUCCAUGCCUCCACCAGGCUCUGAUUUUCCCAUUAAUCCUUUCCCGGCGUCACUGCUGGAGACUCUCGUUCCCUUGGUUGCCUUCCUACGCACGUUACCGUUGCCCUCGACGCACCCGUCACAUCCUGCUUCACCCGCUAUACUGUCGACACUCAAAGAAGCACAGAAGGGAUAUGCAGACAUGCGUGGAGCAUGGUGUCGCAAAUGUCUAGAAGGCCAGGGCAGGCGAGUGCUAGAUCGUGCCGAUACCAUCGAUCCCAUUGCAGCUGGGCUGGAGUUUGGUAAAUGGGCUGAAUCGAUACUUGACGUUGCCGAGGAGGAAUUCAACCUUCUUGAGAAUCUCUCGCCACUUUCGAACCCGCAGCUCGCAUACGGCGCUCUCAUGAACCCCAUUCUCGUACUCUUUAGUAGCACGCUCAACUCUCUUAUCGGUUCCAUCAAGCGUUCCCUGCACAAGUACAAUUUCCUCGCCCUUUCUUCAUACGAGUAUAUGCUCUCUUUGCAGUCUCGAUGGGACAAGACUAUGGCUCGGAGGGGUACUGACGCUCGGAAAGAGACAAACGAGUUUAGGGAUGGCUUACAGAGCUUACGGAAUGUUUGUCUUCGGAGCUUUCCCGAGUUCCUGGCCGAUGUGAAGAUGGCGUCAAUGGGUAAGGGUGGCGAGUUGGGCACCACGCUUGCAGAUUUCGUCGUUUCGACAGUGAAGUAUCUGGACCGCCUGCCCGAGGUGCAGAGCGCUGCGGGCGCCGCUCUGAUGACCUUGGGUGAUGGGAACUGGAAAAUGGGUGAGGGUGUACAAGUGGGAAAAGCCUCAAAACUUGGUGAAGGUGACGAGCAUAUCAUCCUGGAGCACUAUGUCUAUGACGUGGUUAAUACGACGAUUAACAGCCUCAACGUAUUAUCGCGCACACAGAAGCGUGCUGUGCUUUCUUCCAUCUUUCUCCUCAAUAACAUCGCUUUCCUUCGAAGAAACAUCCUCUUGGAUCCUAAGCAUGAUGCGCUGAUCGAUAUGCUUUCCAAGCCAACGCAAGAUGUCAUAAAUUCAAACUUCCGUGUGGCCAAAGCGGCAUAUUUCGACAGCAAUUUUUCUCCACUUAUGCAAGCAUUAAGCGACGAUACCAAAGAGAAGGGGAAAGCAGCUACGAAGGAGAGAUUUACGAGGUUCUUCGAUUUGUUUGAUGAGGUUAUCGAGCGUCAUCGGGGCGUGGUGUCUGUUUUGGAGGAUGAUGAAGAAGGGAGAGCUGAAAUCGGAGAAGAGGUGGUCAAAUUGAUUGUACCGUCGUUAGAAAGGUUUGUAGCCAAGCAUAGAGAGAAGGAAUUCAGUAAAAGUAGGUUCAGUUUCGUUCAUAUCCGACUUUCAGUAGAAGAUGUAGAAGCACAGUUGCGAUCUAUAUAUCGAUGA